AUGGCUACCAGAUCGCGAUUCGGUUGUGUUACGUGUCGACAGCGCAAGAAGAAAUGCGAUCAACGCCGGCCACAGUGCGGGCAGUGCCUGAACCGAGAUGUGGAAUGCGGAGGUUAUGGCAGGCGCCUCAAAUGGACCAACGUGGUUGCAGUCCAGGGGCCUUCGGCAUCUGAAGUAGCCAUGCUUCAAAGCUCGCCGUCGGCCAAUACGAACCCCCGAGAUCACUCUCCGCAAUCAGCUGCGCAUGCAAGUGCGACCCCGGAAACCGAAUGGAUAGAUGGGACAGACCAGCCCCAUGGGGCACAUGAGGAGGUCAGCAUGUGCUGUGAUUCCCGCAACUCGAGUGCUGCUAUGCCGCUGAGCGACACUCCGACCACGGUGUCUUCGGUUGGAUAUGUGGUCUCCGCCAGUCAUGUGUCCAACUCGGCAAGCCCAUCAGUCGACGACCCAGAAAGCCAAGCACUCUUGGAAAAUUCCAGGUCUGUGAACAGGCCCUUCUUGGCCGACUUGAGAGAUCUAGUGCUGAAGUCUCGGGUACUCAAGCUCGUAUGCAUUGUCCUGCAGCGUUGCAUAUCCGAGGGUCCUUCUAUCUCAGUUCUGGAGCAUACUGGAUGGGUUUUAGCAAUGUUCCGGGACCUGAUCUCAUCAUCAAGACAUGUGGCCCGAGAAGAAUUAUUCACCACAGGAUUCAUGAUAUGCAUAUUACACAUACUUGACGUUUCGUGCUAUGGUAACGAGUUAACGCAGAUAAGACCCAACCCAUUCUACCAUCUUAGUAUGCGCUACCAACUGGAGACCAUAUGUCUCCUGGAUAUCUCAGCUAUAGUAUUAGGCCGAGAAUACCCUUCUAGAGGGCUGUGGGCCAAAUUUCGCGAGCUUCAGGCAACAUGGGACAACAGAUUUGAUGGGCAAACGGGGGCCUGUACUGGCUUACCACGUACCUUACUUGAUAUUUUGGCCAAGUUGGCCGACCAUCAAGAUGGGGAUAUUCUGGGCAGGGAACUUGAGUCAUGGGUAGGGCCAACAAGUGACGACCUUUGUGAACACCAGCUAUGGGAGAGCUAUCGAUAUGCCGCAAUGCUUGAGGUGAGACACAGGCAAUACCGGCGGUCCGCCUCUUAUCGUCUGAGGGCAACCGACAACGCCUCAACAGAACAAACUCUGUUUCGGCUCUUAAGUUGCCUUGGCGCCGUCCUAAAUGACAAGAACUGGGAAGGCACGCAAAAGCUACAAGUCCAGCAUGUGGCCCUCUACCCUCUGGUAUACGCCAGCAUGCAGGUCUCCGUGUUGAAAGUCCGGCCUGCAUGGCAUCAACAUCUGCAAAAUAUGCGAAUCAAGGUGCGGCAAAUGGCCAAUGGGCCGUCUAGGGACAUCAAGAUGCUGUUUGCUAUACUAGAUGAGGCUUGGGAGAAAGGAGUAGAUGGCUUCGACUUGGAUGAGGCGGCUAGGCGCCGAGGGGCCGAGAUAAGCAUUAUUUGA